ACUAGUCUGCCAGAGCAAUCACAUGGGAAGAAGCUUAGAUAUUGUAUUUGACAGCAGUUGUUUCAGUUGUCUGAGGAAACACAGCGCCGCCCCAUCCUCCUGUCAGUCUGUCGUAGAUGGCGUUCCUGCAGAGGGCUGGAGACUACUGUCACGCGCAACAUCCCCGGGUGUGACUCUGUGGGCUUUGUGACACGUCUGGCACCCCCCUGCACCCCAAAUCUGUGGAUUUGAAAACCAGCGUCAACCUCCCAGGCCCCUGAGGAAGCUCUCUUCACACCCUCAGUGCCCUGCCUUCUCCCCGGAUGGGGCCACUGUCCUUGCUGCCUUUUCAGCAGAGGGACAAGAGUCUCUAGGAUCUUAAGGACUUCGAUAAGAUUGUGUUUUUACCAGACGAAGAGAACCAGAAAGGCGAUAAAAAGAUAUUGAAGAUCCUGAGGCGUGGAAAAGCCUUUUUUUUUGUCAGCCAACAGAGGACUUGCUCUGGCCAAACAGUGUCAUCUGUGUUUUAAAUUUUUUUGGACGCUUUUGUAAAUACAUAGAUCUUGUUGCCACUGAAGCAAGCAUGGCUCCGAUGAACAGGCCAGCUCCCGUGGAGGUGUGCUACAAGAACAUGCGCUUCCUCAUCACCCAUAACCCCACCAACUCCACCUUAAACAGCUUCAUCGAGGACCUAAAGAAGUACGGCGCCACCACGGUGGUUCGAGUGUGUGAGGUGACCUAUGACAAGACCCCGCUGGAGAAGGACGGCAUCACAGUGGUGGACUGGUCCUUUGAUGACGGCGCGCCCCCUCCCUCCAAGAUCGUGGAGGACUGGCUGAGUCUGCUCAGGAGCCGCUUCCUGGAGGAGCCCGGCUGCUGUGUGGCAGUGCACUGCGUAGCGGGACUGGGGAGGGCUCCAGUCCUUGUGGCCUUGGCAUUGAUUGAGAGCGGAAUGAAAUACGAAGAUGCCAUCCAGUUCAUUCGACAAAAGCGCAGAGGAGCCAUUAACAGCAAGCAGCUCACCUACCUGGAGAAAUAUCGGCCCAAACAGAGACUCCGUUAUAAGCACCCACACAUUUUCAAGAACAAAUGCUGUAUCAUGUGACCCGGUGGGCCGCAAGAGCCCCCCCCCCCCCCCCCCUCCGACAGACAAUACGGAUCUGAACCGAUGUGGAAAAAAAAAUGACUUGACAGCCUCCCGAUGCACUUUGCUGUUCUACAAUGACAACGCGAACUGGUAUAGGGUCUAGUUGAGCUUCCAUGGGGUCUGAGCUUACUUCUGGAGAAAGGGGGAAGCAGUUGUGCUUGUGCUCCCAGAAAUUGGACUGCAGCCAAGAGGUUGGAGAUGAUGGCGCUUCUGCCUUAAGCCAUCCUGGGUCUUAGACAUGCACCAACAGGUUGACCCCCCCCCAACACACACAAAAACCUUACUUUGAUCUUCUGUGAUUGGCUGCAUUUGAGUCAACCAACAUCCCUCUUCCUGAACAACACAAAUCAUAGAAGGGGAAAAAAUUGACUUUUGCCUUUGAUGAGUGUCAGUAAGAGUGAGAGCUAGCUGUGUGACAACAAAAUGUGAAUCGUGGGACAUAUGGGAAAUGUAUUCUAUUGUGCCUCUCUCUCUCUCUCUCUCUCUCUCUCUCUCUCUAUCUCUCAUUUUGUCUAUGAAUUGUAAACAGUUGGGAAAGAAAACCCCUUUUUGCUCACCUGCUGUGGAGAUGCUACGAUGCUGCUUUGUGCUGGUAUACUUCAUGAUGCUUCAGUGCUUCGUUUGUGAGCGUGUUCAGUACAGCCAGUUUAGCACUUGAAGAGGAUAAGCCCUGUGUCACAUGACUGCAGUGAGGGAAUUCUAUGUGGGAUGUAGUGCAACAACUUUUUUUUUUUUUAAUGUUGAUGAAACCAAAUGUCAGGGUUCUCAAAGUGAGGGUGUGUGUGUGUGUGUGUGUGUGUGUGUGUGUGAGAAAGUUUCAGGCAGAGUGCUGACAGGUGUGCUUAUCCAUGUGGGGGUGCCUCUGAAUUUAUCCUUUCUGCUCUGAGCUUGGGUCCAUGGGGAACUCAGGUUUUCUUGUUUGGUUUGUGCCUCCGUUGCAUUAUGGUGUGUGAAUGAAGCCAAACAUAAAAAGUAACUGAAAAGCACCCACAUGGAAGAGACGCACACACAGUACACACACCACACACACCCUCCACGGAGGCCUUCGCACCCAUGAGCCAGCCAGUUUGAAGCCGGCUGUUGCUCCUCAACAGCACAGAUUUCUCCACUGGAGAGGUAGGACGUCGCUCAUGUCUUCCUCUUGCCUCUUUUUCUGCCUUUAUUUUGUUGUCCUUGAAGGAUCUGCCUUCACUUGUAUAGAAUUAAUAAAAUAAUAAAAGGAUGCGCACCCUC